GAUCAGAUUACAUUGGAAAGAAAGAUUGGAGAAGGUGGUUCUGGAAUUGUUUAUUUGGGAAAAUGGCAUCACCAUCCAGUUGCUGUCAAAUGUCUUAAACUUCAAGAUGCUUAUCAAAAUUCAGAUGAAAUUGAAAAGGAAGCAGCUCUAUUAUGCAAACUUAGACAUCCCAAUAUUGUAUUAUUCUUUGGUGUUUCAUUAACUCCACAGAAACAAUAUCUCAUUGUGGAAUAUUUGGAGAAGGGAAGUUUGGAGAAACAUAUUUCAUUAAUGAAACGAAACCAUCAAUUCGAAUUUGUUGACAAGUUGAAGCUUUUGAUUGAUAUCACAUGUGGAAUGGCAUAUCUUCAUUCCCUUAAAGUUAUUCAUAGAGAUUUGAAACCUGGAAAUAUUCUAUUAGAUUCUGUUGGAGUAGCCAAAGUUUGUGAUUUUGGCAUUUCUAGAAUUGCUGGAAACACUGCAGCAAACUCCACAACCAUCUGUGCUGGAACUUUAACCUACAUGGCUCCUGAACUAUUGCAAUCAGAUGCCGAAAAGAAUCGAAUUACAACCUCAGUCGAUGUUUACAGUUUCUCAAUUAUCAUGUAUGAAAUAUUC